AAUUAUUCAGCCAGCUGGUGGAACAUGUUGUAAAAUAUGGAAAGAAAUUAGUGACUUGCCUCAGUUUACUUUUUUCCUGGCAACUAAACCAAAACUUAACAUGACACUUUUAAGUUACAUUAUGUUGUUGUUAAAAACACCCAAUUAGUGUCUCUUCACUGCACAUUUCCAUAGGCCAUAGCAUGGGUUAUUAUACCAAAAGGCUUUUAGUUCACAAGCAUAAUCACCAUUAUCUUCUAGCUGUUGAUUUCAGAGACAUUAGUAAUUGCUCCAUAUAGAGAAAUCUGAGAGAAAUUUAUGAACAUGAGAACAACAUGAUGUUUUAUUUAAGCAACAGCAGGAAGUAGCUUGCAAAACUUUUCCUCUCCAUGCAGGUAACACAUACAGUACUGUGCAAAGGCUUCAGGGACUUUAGAUGUUUAGAUUCUUAUUCAUCACACAAUACCACCAAGGAGGCGUCUGAUCGGCCCCACAUUCUUUCUGCAGUAUGUCAACAAACAUACCACCAGAGUCAAGAACUGUCUUCAGAGACAAGAAGAACAAAGCCUGCUGCAACAGAUGGUUUAGCCCCCACAGACCCCUGAUCUCAACAUCAUGGAGUCAGACUGGGAUCACAUCAUAGGCUGUAAAUCAAGAGGAACACAUGAAGGAACUGAACUGUGACAAGAUCUCCAAGAUGCUUGCAACAACGUACCUGCCAAGCAUCCUGGAAAACUGUGCACAGGUGUAAUCUGUGCAAUUGUUGCUGUUUUAAAGAAAUGUUUGUCAUACCAAGUAUUGAUUUAGUUUUUUUUUUUUAUGUUCACUACACGUUGUAUGUAGUUAAGUGAUAAAUAAAACUAUUGAUUGCAUUCUUUUGAAAGUAUCAUAGCCCCACGUCUCUUCCCGCGUCCUGGUUCCAUGGAUGUUUUAUGUUAGAUCGUAAUAACAACAACAUGAUUAGCCACCGGUAUGUGAAAGCAACAGCUGUUUCUUUAAAUCAGACUGAGCGCCAAACACAGGCGCAUGUGCAGAUUGGUCGACAGUGGCGCGGUCGCUCUGUUAUCUUGAAUCUGUUUGGUCGGAAGGAAUGACGUCAGAACCGUUGACUCUACGCCGAUUGGUCAAAUUUCUCUGGUAUAAAUAGAGCCGCCCAUAGACGCUAGGGCGCCACAUUCAACUUAAUGUUUAACAGCUGCUGAUUUUGGGAGAUUAUAAUAGUAUUUCGUUUGGGUUUUUUUGUUAUUAUCAGCAUCUACAUUGAUACAACUUAUUUGAACAAAAAUGGACUGCGUGGAUUUCCCGAGAGUUCUGCCAAAUUCACCCAGGAAAGCCAGGGGACAAAUUCAGGUCAUCUUUGGACCGAUGUUUUCAGGCAAAAGCACUGAACUGAUGAGAAGAGUGCGCCGUUUCAAGUUAGCCCAGUACAACUGCUUGGUGAUCAAAUAUGCCAAAGACACACGUUAUUCUGACGUGGGCAUGGCUACGCAUGACGAAAACACAAUGGAUGCUGUGCCAGCCGCCUGUCUGGGAGAUGUGAGGUUUCAAGCACUGAAAGCCUGCGUCAUUGGAAUUGAUGAAGGACAGUUUUUUCCAGACAUAGUGGAGUUUUGUGAGGAGAUGGCCAAUUUAGGAAAGACAGUCAUUGUAGCUGCCUUGGAUGGAACCUUCCAGAGAAAGCCAUUUGGAAAGAUCCUGAACCUUGUCCCUCUAGCGGAGAGCGUGGUGAAGCUCCAUGCUGUCUGCAUGCAGUGUUACAAAGAAGCUGCCUACACCAAGAGGUUAGGUGCAGAGAAGGAGCUGGAAGUGAUCGGUGGAGCUGACAAGUAUCAGGCGGUGUGUAGACGGUGUUACGGGGAUCUGAUGGCGGACAAAGAGAACAGUGCUCCCAUCGGGAAUGAAACUCCACAACAUCCCCUCCCAGGAAAACCUGUGGACUGUGGUGUUCACAGGAAGCUUUUCUCCUCUCUGCACCUCUGAACUACAAAAUAAGAGACGCUGCAAAGGUUCAGCGGAGAAUUGAGAAAUUCAACAAUCGUGUGUGUGUGUGUGUGUGUGUGUGUGUGUGUGUGUGUGGGUGGGAAUUUAUUUUAUCAUAAAUGGUAACUUUUAAAUGUUUGUUGGUAUUUUAGGUGCCUUGAAGCAUGUCUGCCACAGAUUUGGGUUUAAUCAGCUCAAUUGAUUUUCCUUUGUAUUUGGUGUCAGAUUUUUGAGACUUAUUUUUGUCUUUAGUGUUUUUACUUGAUUAAUAGGGAAGUGGACUUGAUAUUAUCCACCUAACUUACUGCUAUAGAUUUCAAUACAGUGAUGUUAACUUUUGUUUGGACAUCUUUUUACAUUUAACUGUAGCAUUAUCCUAUGAAAUAUAUGAUUUUAAUUUAUUUAAAAAAUAAAGGUUGACUUGUGUUUGACUAUG